UCUGCUGUAUGUAUUGAUGAGGUUAAUAAAGCCAUGCCAUGGUGACAGGCGCCGCGCGAGCUCCUCACCUACUAUCACUCCAAGAAAGCAGCGCUGCCAUGAAUCGCAGGCGUGCGCUGAAAGUGAUGUAUUUAGCGCAGGUGGAUCCCACGCGAUGUGAGAGAUCUCGCCAAGUUGCUAAGACCUUCUUUCUCGCAUCAUCAGUGACACAGAGACUGAGCUAGACUGGCACGCUUUGCGACCUAAACGCAAACCGGGGAGAUGAGUAAUAAAUGUGAGGUGUCUGCCCCCGUGUGACCCGGUGCGGGGAGAGGGAGGGACAGAAAGGCAGGGCUGGCAGGGUGCGGUCUCCAGUGGCUCCCGAUCCCGGAUCUCAUCAAUUUCCAUAUCUGCCCUGAGCCGUGAGCCACAGGGACGCAUUCAGAGCUGACCAGAGCGCAAACCACUGCUACGCACUUUGUAACCGCUGCCCAGAGGCACAGAGUGGGCUGUCUGUGGCCGAUCAGAGCUAGAAGCCGUCUUUGAACCUAUGUGCCAAAACAAACGGACUUUCCUAUUUAUUGAUAGCUCCGUGAGCCGGCUGCAGAGCGAGUCUGAGGGCAGACACAGCGCGCCACCUGCUCCGAACUUACGGCUCCCGGGACGCGGGCCGCUGUGCGCUUUGGGUAUGGCGAAACUAGGGGAGCCGGCGGGCACACUGUGAGGGUCUUCUCCUCCCCCAGCCCGGACCCCGCGGGGGAGCGAAGGAUACAAGAGGGGCAAUUGGAUAGGCUCGGAAAGCCAGCACCGCAGCGUGGAAUGAGGCUGUCCGUGCUGCUGCUGCUCUUCAGCGGCUGCGCCCUGAUCCUCACCCCGGCCACCGACGGCUGCGGGCCGGGCAGAGGAUACGGCAGGGGACGGCGCCCCAGGAAGCUCAGCCCACUCGCCUACAAGCAGUUCAGCCCUAACGUGGCAGAGAAGACGCUGGGGGCUAGCGGUCGCUUUGAGGGCAAGAUCACGCGGAGUUCGGAGCGCUUCAAAGAGCUCAUCCCCAACUACAAUCCGGACAUCAUAUUCAAGGACGAGGAGAAGACAGGCGCGGACCGGCUUAUGACCCAGCGCUGCAAGGAUAAACUGAACUCACUGGCAAUCUCAGUGAUGAACCAGUGGCCGGGGGUCAAGCUACGUGUGACGGAGGGCUGGGACGAAGACGGCCACCACUCUGAGGAGUCCCUGCACUACGAGGGUAGAGCUGUUGACAUCACCACAUCAGAUCGUGACCGGAUCAAAUACGGCAUGCUGGCGAGACUGGCAGUAGAGGCCGGCUUCGACUGGGUUCACUACGAGUCAAAAGGUCACGUCCACUGUUCCGUCAAAUCAGAGAACUCCGUGGCUGCCAAGACAGGGGGCUGCUUCCCUGGCAAAGCCUGGGUACGGCUGGAGAAUGGUACCCGGAAGCUUGUGAAGGACCUGCUUCCAGGAGAUCGGAUUUUAGCUGCUGCCGAAGGAUGGCAGCCAGUUUACAGCGAGUUCCUCACCUUCAUGGACCGGGACCCUUCAGCCAAGAAAGUGUUCUACACUAUAAAAACUCAGGAUGAGCCACCGAGGAGCCUCACCCUAACAGCAGCUCAUUUACUCUUUGUGGCCAGCAAUUGCUCUGACUCGCACCCUGUCCACUUCCAGACAAUGUUUGCCAGUGAGGUGCGGCCGGGGCUGUGUGCCCUGGUAUCAUCAGAUGGGCUGAAUCUGCAUCCUGCUCGAAUUGCUUCAGUGGCCACACAGGAGGAUAGUGGGGUCUAUGCACCACUCACACGCCAUGGAACACUGGUUGUGAACGAUGUGCUGGCCUCCUGUUAUGCAGCCUUAGACAAGCACAGCUGGGCACACUGGGCACUGGGGCCCCUGCGGCUCUUUUAUAGCCUAACUGGACUUCCUCGCGUGCAGCAGGAGGGGCUGCAUUGGUACCCCCAGCUCCUUCACAAGCUCGGGGUGCUGCUUUUGAAUCCCGAGCACUAUCAUCCCUGGGGGAUGGCCGAGACUGAGAGAUGAAGCAUUUGGCAGCAUUACCCCUUUUUCCUUAAAGUCCCAUGGGAAUGACCUGCCAAUUUAUUUAUUUACACUAAAUCCGGCGAGGAUGCUUGCAGUUGCAGUCCCAGCCACACUGGGCCAUCCUCUCAGGAAGGCAGGGUCAGCUCCAGCAGUAGGGGGGCACAGGACUAAAUCUGUCAGCUGGACGUGUGGAGGGGCAUUUUGCUGAUUUAAAGAUUCCUUAAGAGUGUUUAGAGGUACCAAGAAAGAGACGCCUAUCUCCAUGUACAUGUGUGCCUUGAACGCAGGCCUCCAUUACUCUGAACCAUACCAUCAUGGGGCUAGUAGUGUCGGCAUAUUUGUAUUUACACACUCGCAGCACCUGCACACUUCCAUAUACACUUCUGUUUUCACAAAGGUUUUGAAAAUGCACUUUCUCUGGAGGACUUCAUGGUUUGUCUGUUUGGCCUUCAAGGUGGUCUCUUCAACAGAAAUGUACCUGUAAGUUCAUAUAUAUAUAUAUAUAUAUAUAUAUAUAUAUAUAAUAUAUGAAAUUACUUUUUGCCAAACAUUUCCCAUAUUGUCCCUAUUAAUUUUCUGAAGGCCAAGUCUAGAGAUGUUCUGCAUAUAUCUUCUAGCUCUCAAACUGCCUAGAAGUAUGAAGACCAGCUGGUGUUCAGGCCCCCUUUCACAAGGCAGUCUCAGCCUGAGCAACCAGAAAAGUUUGGCCGCCCCUUCCCAUCUGGAGGUGUUUCCUACAGAUGACUUCUCCUCAGAAAUCUGACUGCAUACCCCGCUAAAGUGUUUUCGCCCAAAACACUUGUCCUUUUUCAGCUCCAGAUUAUCGUACCUGCUGACCUGUCUGUCACUGAAAAAUGACUCAGGAAUGUCUCUCAUGGACGCAGAAAGAAUUUAUAUUUAUUCAAGUGAAAGAAAGAUCAGGGGUGAGCCUUGCAGGAAAUCUGGUAUGACUCCGACAUACACACUUGCUAAGCUCCAGACAGCUCAAGCCUCCUGUGUCAGCACGAAUUGGAAACUGCAGCACCUGUAAGACCUUUGUGGCUCCUUUCCACAGACUAUGAAUCUGGACAGUGUCACUUUAACAAGAUUCAAGUUGUCCACCAAGACUGAGCCUUCGCCUGGUGUGGCUGCUACCCUUUUGCUCAAGUCAUCUGGCUAGUGUGGAAAUGGCCAACGCUGUUCAUGUCUUGUGUUGCAUCAAAAGCAGCCCCCUCAGUAUUUCGAGCAAAUCAAAUAUAAACCGAAUCCAUACCUUAUCACUUCCAUCACCCAGCUGCUGUGGCUCCUGCCAAGCUGUCUCUGCGCGCUUCUGCUCACACACACACAUACACACAUAUCCUCCAGCAGGACAAGGCCUCCAUUUGCAUUUGUUCUGCUCAGAACAUUGCAUUCCACUGUAUAAAUAACCUGCAGGCUCCAUAGCUAAAUUUUAUUUUUUUAUGCUCAGAUAUGUAAUAUAGAAUUGUAAAGGUUUGUUGUCAAUAUGAAUUUUUAUUAAUAUUAUAUAUGAGCUAUCAAUAGAAUAGAUUUAAUUUAAUGAUUAUUUACAGUACGGGAUUUUUUUUAAAAUUGCAUUUUGUUUUUUUUUGUUUUUUUUGUUUUUUUGCUCUUACGGACCAAGCAUUUCUUUUAAUCUGAUGUGACGGCAGUUUUCUAAUCUCACCUUAAUUUAAAUAAAAA